AUGCUUUCGUAUAAAACGAUUAUCGUUCCUGUUCUUCUCGCAUGCCUCGCGGCCACUGCGUUAUCAAUCGACUCGGCUGAUGUCAAAGCAAAAGCCCGAGCUGACUAUGAAGGUGUAAAGGAUAAGGUUGGAGAUGCAUGGGAAGGAACAAAGGAUAGAGCACAAGCCGCUUCUGAUGAAUCCAAAUCGCUCGCUGAGAAGGCUGGAGACAAGAUUUCAGGAGCAUGGGAGGCCACUAAAGAAAAGGCCUCUGAUAUCGCCCACUCUGUCAAGUCCCGAUCUGUAGCCUCUGCUGAAUCCGUCGGAGACAAGGCCAGCGAUACCUACGAGACUGCCAAGGAUAAGACUGCUGAGACUGUUAGAGAAAAGGCCGGACAAGCUAAGGAUGCCGCUGGAAACGCCGCUGAUUACGCCAAGGACAAGGCCGCUGGAGCAUACGACGCUGCUAAGGACAAGGCCGGACAGGCUAAGGAUGCCGCUGCCGAUGCCGCUGAGAACGCCAAGGAAAAGUCCAAGUCCUAUGCUGAACAAAUCGGCGACACUGUCUCUGGAGCCUAUCAGGCUACUAAAGAAAAGGUUUCUGGAAUGUUCGGAGAUGCCAAGGAAGAGGCUGAGGUGAAAAAGGAAGAGGCUAAGAUCAAGGCUGGAAAUGCCAAGGACGCUGUGAAGGACAAGGCUGCUGAGACCAUGGACAAGGCCAACGACGCCUAUGAGAACGCCAAGGCUAACGUUCAAAAGAGAUCUUCCGAGGGAUACCAUGAGGCCAAGAGCAAGACUUCUGAUACCAUUGAAUCUGCCAAGGACAAGGCCGGACAAGCCAAAGACGCCGCUGGAAACGCCGCUGGAAACGCCAAGGACAAGGCCGCCGGAGCUUACGACUCCGCCAAGGACAAGGCUUCUGGAGCCUGGGACGCUGCUAAGCAGAAGGCCUCCGAUGCUAAGGAUGCCGUCAAGGAUGCUGUCAAUGAGUUGUAA